AAUAGAAAUAGAAAAGUCCCUAGAGCAGAGGCAAGUUAUUUUCUUCUCCCCAGUUUCGUUAAUUGUUCAGAACUCUGGAGUCAACCUAACAUCCCAAUCAUUCAUUUCAGAAAUCAGAUUCUUGAUUGUAUAAAAAGUGAAGAUAAACUUCAUACUCAAAUGACUCCACCACUAUGUUAUCUAUUGCUCUUCUUCCUUCAAGCAUCAGCCAAUAAGGUUCAUAUCUCUUCUUCUUUUUCAUUUUACUCAUGGAAAUAAAUUGACUGAAGGGAGCAUACCAUGGCAGUUCAUAGUGAAAACGGAAAGGGGAAGUUUACUGCAAUAUUAGUAUGUUGGCUUCUAGGAAAUGGAUGCCUUUUCUCAUGGAACAGUAUGUUAACACUUCAAGAUUACUUUGUUAACGUGUUCCCGAAUUACCAUCCAGCGAGGGUACUUACCCUAGUUUAUCAACCUUUUGCACUUGGAACACUUGCAAUUCUGACAUACUAUGAAGCAAAGAUAAACACAAGAAGAAGGAAUUUACUCGGUUAUUUCCUUUUCUUCAUGAGCUCCUUAGUGGUUGUAGUUUUGGACUUGGCUACAUCAGGGAGAGGGGGGAUUGGGACGUACAUUGGUAUAUGUAUAACCAGCUGUGUUUUUGGAGUUGCAGAUGCUCAUGUUCAAGGUGGAAUGGUUGGAGAUCUAUCCUUUAUGUGCCCUGAAUUCAUGCAGUCUUUCUUGGCUGGUAUGGCUGCAUCCGGUGCUUUAACUUCUGCAUUGAGAUUAAUUACAAAAGCAGCUUUUGAAAAUUCACAAAAUGGACUUCGCAAGGGUGCAAUGUUGUUCUUAGGUAUCUCCGUAGUAUUUGAGCUACUAUGUGUACUUCUUUAUGCAUAUGUCUUCCCCAAGUUGCCUAUUGUUAAGCACUACCGUGCCAAAGCAGCCUCAGAAGGGUCUAAAACUGUUUCUGCUGAUCUUGCUGCCGGUGGAAUGAAAACAUUAAGCGGCGAACAAGCUUUGGAUUUUUUGCAGGCUGCAGAAGAGGAUCCCAAGAAUAUGGAACGCCUAACCAACAAACAGUUACUUUUUCAAAACAUGGACUACGCAAUCACAAUGUUUCUAAUAUAUGUGUUGACAUUAUCAAUUUUUCCUGGGUUCUUAAGUGAAGAUACCGGAAAGCACAGCUUGGGCGCAUGGUAUGCACUUGUUUUGAUUGCGAUGUACAACGUGUGGGAUCUAAUUGGAAGAUAUAUUCCUCUACUGAAGUGUUUAAAGUUGAAAUCGCGGAAGGGUCUCAUCGUUGUCUCUCUUUCUCGUUUCUUACUUAUCCCAUGUUUCUACUUCACAGCCAAGUAUGGAGAUCAAGGCUAUAUGAUCUUGUUGACCUCCUUUUUAGGUUUAAGUAAUGGUUAUCUCACUGUUUGCGUUCUAACCGCAGCUCCAGAAGGUUACAAGGGACCUGAGCAAAAUGCAUUAGGGAAUUUGCUUGUGUUAUUUCUAGCCGGGGGCUUAUUUGCUGGGGUAACACUCGAUUGGUUAUGGCUCAUUGGUAAAGGCUGGUGAGCUCUUGUAAAAACAUCAUUCGAAGAAGCCGGACAGGGAAAUUUGUUACAAUGUUAUAGAUUGAUUUGAGUCGGAAGGUUGUAAACUUGGUUUUCCAUUACCACGUGUACCAUACCGAUGUCGUAAACUUACAGUUGUGACUUGUUAAUGGUUAUUCUCUUUUUAAGUUGCAGGCAGAUUUGUUUUA